AUGGCUGCGGUGCUUGGGGGCGGCCUGCGGCCACAAGGGCAGCAGUCGAAGGCGGGGGAAGGCUGGGAUGUUCAGGGUCCGAGGAUCAGGCAGGGACUCGGAAGGUUUGCACAUAAUAAAUAUUUGAUUCCAUUUAUAACUUAUUUUGAUAACUUGAUUUUUACAAAGGUAGUUUCCUGUAGGAUCUGUCUGGUGCUGUUGGCAAUUCCCUAUCUCUACAGCACCUGCAUUUUGAUUCUAAUCACAGUAAAGCUUUUUAAUUUAUCCUUUUGCAAUUAUGUUGUCAAUCAUUUCUACUGUGACAAUCUGCAUGUGUUAACAUUGGUCUGCUCAAAUACACAAGAAGUUGAGUUCCUGAUACUGAUUUUCUCUGCCUUUAAUUUGGUUUUCACUCUUCUAGUAGUCGUUGUGUCAUACCUGCUCAUCCUCAUUGCCAUCCUCAGGAUGAAGUCAGCUGAGGGGAGACACAAAGCUUUUUUCACCUGUGGAUCCCACCUGACAGUGGUCACUGUGUUUUAUGGGACUUUGAUAUUUAUGUAUGUGAACCCCAAGUCCAGCCACUCCUUUGACACUGAUAAAAUGGCCUCUAUAUUUUACACCCUCAUUAUCCCCAUGCUGAAUCCCUUGAUCUAUAGCUUGAGGAACAAGGAUAUAAAAUGUGCACUGCAAAAGAUGUGGACAAAAGUAUGCAAUAUCUUUUCUUGA